AUGAACGAAGAAAAUCCUCCUUUGGGCCCUAAGGCUCUCCGCCAAGAUGAAGAGAUGGUAUCGAGGUUUAAAGUUCAAGCUGAAAAAGCCUUGGAAAAAUAUAAAUUGGCCAAACGAUUGGAAGCUCAACACAAAAUGAAGCAAUUGGCACUCGAACAAAUGGAAACCGAGGGAUAUUCUGAUGCAAUGGGAAUGUAUAUAAUUGAAUCUGGGAAAUUGAAGAGAAGUUUUUCGGAAAUUUCAACAUUUACACCUAGCUUUGGUUUAAAAGAAGGGAUAAUGAGUUGGUUGAAAAAACUUUUUAAAAGUAUGUACAUUGAAAAACCGUUUGAAUUAAAAUGGAGCCAAUUUUUAUGCAUCACAUUAUGCUUACAAAUUUCUUUCACCUAUACAUUAAAACAUAUGUGGUUAGUUUACGAAUGGGGAGCGAUAUUAUUAGUUUACAUAAUUUUUGGUGCUUUCAUCGCAAUGCCCGUUUAUAUGAUUUUAUUGUUUAUGGGCCACUACAGUAGGCGAUCUUACAUGAGAUUUUGGGAUUGCGUUCCAUUACUAAAAGGUGUUGCUUACUCAAUUGCGUUAUCAUCGAUCAUAACCGAACUUUUUUCAAUGACAUUCGCCGCUAUUAGUUUAAAUUAUGUACUCGAAGCGAUAUUGGCCCCAAUAACUCCGUGGCACGAUUGCAAAUUUCAACAUGCAAGUCGAGAUUGUAAAUCGAAAUCAAAAAUAAAACCUUACAACGAAAAUUGCUGUAUAAAAGGAACGGCGGAUUGUACACAUUUAAAAUGGAACGCGACCGUUUAUAAAUACGAAGCUUACGAUUACUUUAAAAAAUAUCAGUUGCGCAAUAACUAUUCAGGUUUCAAUACGACGUUGUUGCCGAUGAGAACUAUUGUGACUGUUGGGUUAUUAUGGAUAGCCACUCUUAUAAUGAUGUUGUGUGGAUUAAGAAGAAUUAGGGGAUUUAUGACUGUUAUUAGUAUAAUUCUAUUGAUUACUAUCUUUAUACCUUGGGUUUUGGUUACUUUAUAUACAUCUGAUUAUAGUAUGUUUGCGGAGUUAAAACCAGAUUGGAUGGAUCUUUUUAAUUAUGAGUUUUGGAUUGAAGUUUGUGUUCAUUCACUACACAGAGAAUUAGCUGGUGAUGUUUUAACAUUUAGCUCAGUUUCUACGCCGGGAAUAAGUCCUACUGUUGAUACGAUUAUUAUUUAUGCUGCAAAAUUUGUGUUUUUGGUUUUUAUAACAGUGUGGUUAUCGAUUAGUGUUUCUAUAAUCCGGGAGAAAUAUCUCAUUAUGAAUUCAAUAUGUUUGGAUCUUAAUAGUAUCCCAAUAUUUUUCGGUUUAUUCCCCGAACUUUUAUCAACACUAUCCAUAGCAAAAUUAGCCAUUAUGAUUUAUUUCUUUGUGAUAUUUUUUUGGUGUUUCGCCGGAAGCCUUUACACAUUAAAUUCGUUCGUUUGGUCGCUUUUGGAGGAGUACCCAAAAUUGGCCAAAUUAAAAAUUUUAAUCUGUUCCGUUUUCUGCGUGGGUUGUUUCCUCCUAAACUUAUUAAUCCUUCGCACUAAUUUAGAAAGCAUUUACGAAACUUGGAUCCACAAUACUUGCAUCGUCGUCAAAGUAGCUUUACUAUUCUUCACACUUCUCGGAAUAUUUUUAUAUUCACUAAAUAGAAUCGCAAACGAUUACCAUUUUACUUACGGACAAAAACUUCACCCACUUUGGUUACACGGAAUUAAAGUCGCGAUGCUUUCGAUAAUGGUCAUAGUCAUUUUAAGAUUAACUUUUGCCCCUAUAAAAAAGAGAUUGGUGGAUAUCGUCGUGAUUUUAAGCGUUACUUUACCUACCAUAAUCGGUGCAAUUAUUGUUGUUGUUAAAUAUAAAACUGGUGGUGCUUCGAGUGUUAUCGCGCCCGAUCCUUCAUGGGGACCCACCAGUUUUAAAAAGAAAGUUGCUCGGAGUCGUUUUGACGCUAAAAGAGAACUUCGUUAUCGAUCUGCCAUUCAAAAAUGCAAACACGCUUGUUUAUUGAAUUCAUCAACGUUAGCAGCUGAAAUUAAAUAUUGGAAUAAUAAAAGAAAACUAGCUUAUGAGUUCGAUUCGUGA